GUUGUUGUUUUUGUCGUAGUAGAGAAUCUAGUUUUCUUUCUUAAUAUAAUUUCGUUUUAUAAUAUCGAAAAAAUACUACAAUUACAAACAAGCGUCGUCUACUAGUAAAGGACGCGUGCAUAUAAUUAGACAGAAGCAUUACAAUACAAUAUAUAAGACCAAGCGAAUUGCUUAGCAAAGCAGUCUGUUUGCAAAAUGGAUGACUCACGCGAAGAAAGCCAAUUUAUUGUCGAUGAUGUUAGCAAGACCAUUAAGGAGGCCAUCGAGACAACUAUAGGCGGAAACGCCUACCAACACGACAAAGUGAACAACUGGACCGGCCAGGUGGUCGAAAAUUGUUUGACUGUGCUAACCAAGGAGCAGAAACCCUACAAAUAUAUUGUGACGGCCAUGAUAAUGCAAAAGAAUGGCGCCGGAUUACAUACGGCCAGCUCCUGCUAUUGGAAUAACGAUACAGACGGCAGCUGCACGGUGCGCUGGGAAAACAAAACCAUGUAUUGCAUUGUCUCAGUCUUUGGACUGGCUGUUUAAAAAGGAUAUUGAUGCGUCGAUGAAAUGAAGUUGAGGAGAAUGCAGUAUGAGGAUAGUGAACCAAUAGAGGAACUCUACGAUAUUUACUAAUAAGGGGGAGGGAUUAACAAGAUUGCUGCCGUACAUAGAGACACAAACAUACAUGGAGACAUACACCCACGCCCUACAAAAGCCCACAUCGAAUUCCUUGGUAAAACUAAACUGUUUGUUCACCAGGAGUCAAUCGUUUUAUUUCCAGUUGCGUUCUAAAAGUGUAUGGUGAUGUACGUGCUUAAAAAAAUAUGUUACCGGUUUAUUUUUUCGAUUCUUUAACGUAAAUAAAAAUUAUUGUAAACAUAAAAUGCCCUUGACAGUGGGCGUAGCCAAGAUUUUAUCAAGGGGGGUGGCAUGGGCAUGAAUAAAUUUAAGAGUGAAAAGUAGAAAUUCCGCUAUAUCAAACACAAAUUAAAUGUUAUUUAGCACACACACUAAUCUUGAUAGCCUUUCAAAAUAGUCACGAAAACUAUGUACUUUAUUUCAUUUCCUUUUUAAAAUUGACUAAAUGUAGAAUAAAGAUGAAUUAAAUAUUAAUUUCCAAUAUUUGGAGUAUUUGAAAA